AUGAACAGUGGACUCCCAGCUUCAGCUGCUCCACUCGGGGGUGUCGGAAUACCCUGCGUCAAGGUGAAGUUCUGCCGAUACUACGCAAAGGACAAGACUUGCUUUUAUGGGGACGAGUGUCAGUUUUUGCACGAGGAACCGUCCAUGGCAAGCAUGUCCCUUCACGGCGGAGGAAGCCCUGUCCCUUUAUCCAUGUCAGGAGGAGCCGUGACGGCAGCGGGGUAUCCGCUUAGUGCACCCCCGGCCUGCCCGGUCGGGGUACCGACCGUCCCCAAAAAGAGCGACUCUCUGGGGGCUGCAGGCCCAGCUCUGGAGGGACAACUGUUAACCAGUGAGUAUGCUUGGCUGGUUGUCCCCUGUCCGACACGACAGGGCCUAACACAUCCUCAUCGGGGGUUGUUGGUUUGUGGGCGUGUGCGUGGCUUUGUUAAAAUUGAGGCCGGGGAUUCUUUGAGGCCUCUUUGCCCCCCAAAGCAUGUUUUUCAAGCUACACUAUUAAGUAUACCUAAUUAGUUAAAGUGUCUGAACACUAAGGUUUUCAUCCAGCGUCAAUGUUUGAGCUCCUUCAAUAAAUGCAUUUAGCUAACUGUGAGCAAUUUCAGUGUUUUGUAUUUGACUGCUUCAAGACAUUAGUGGGCAAAUUCAGAAAAAAUUGGCUAACUUGUUAACUAUCAAACUAUGGCUAAACAAGUUAGUCUAGCCAUAAUCAACUCUCGCAAAAUCAAAGUUCAUGGCAAAUUAACGUUUGUGCAACUCGUGUAUUAGCAAAGUUAACUUGCUAGUUAAUCCAUCUAACUAGUUAGCUAGCUAAUGUGGAAUAGUUUGGAAGCGAGAUAUUUUAUCAUGGUUGUCUUCAUGCAUGAGUAGGAUGGCUAGCUAGCUUACAUGCUAACCCAAAACAGCUGCUGCAGUGUUGUGAAGUCCCUUUACUUAGAAGCUAGCUAGCGUUAACUAAUUAGCAUAAUUAACUAGCAACAUAUUUCAACCACCACACAGCUGUAUGUGAUAUCAUUAAACUAUGCAGAAGGACACGUUUGAUUGCAACGUGGAUAUUAUUAUCAUUUUGCACAGAAGUUGGCUAGCUAGCUGACUGGAGAUAGUUGAAGUGUUUACAUCUUCUCAAGAAGCUUUGCUGAUUGGCUACUCAUCUGUAAUGGCCCAGUCCUGUAAAUGAAGACAGUCAAACAAUGGCCUCAUGGCUACAACAUUAGACGACUUUUGUACAUUACAUGCAUUUUGCUUCACACAGCUAUUCAAUGAGUGAGACUCUUUAAGGGAGAAAGUGAUCUGUUCUUUAAUUUAGAUGCUUUCGACCAGCAACUGGCCAGAAAAUACAUUAUGCUGAUAGUCUGUAUGGCAUCUCUUGUCUCAGUCUCCAUAAUGUUUUCCUAACAUUGAAUAGGACAUUUACAGGACCAUCCAGAUUGUACCUGUGUAGUAGAAGGGGAUGUCUAAUUCUGAACCCAUCAUCCCUGUCCUCUGCAGUCCCUGGUAUGGAGGGUGGGACCCUGAGCAAUGCCAAUCUGACCAACUCCUACUUCAGCAGCAGCUUCAUUGGGGUCAAUGGCUUCGGGAGCCCCGCAGAGUCUAAAUACUCAAUGAUGCAGGUAUGACUAGCCUCGGAAUUAAACUAUACAAUACUGACUGGACAGAUGCACUCAAGUGUUCAGGUACCAGCUUUAGAUCUACGGUAAAUUAGAAAAUACGGGUCAAUUACUGAAUAAUAGUGCUACUUGGCUAAUGUGGAAAAGGUGUUCUUAUUCUUGUAUGUUAAUCAGAAAGUCUGGUUCAGUACUGGUCCAAAGACAAUCAGCUAAUUACGUAUACUCCUGAGUGGCGCAGUGGUCUAAGGCACUGCAUCGCAGUGCUAACUGUGCCACUAGAGAUCCUGGUUUGAAUCCAGGCUCUGUUGCAGCCGGCCGCGACCGGGAGACUCAUGGGCGGCACACAAUUGGCCCAGCGUCGUCCAGGGUAGGGGAGGGAAUGGCCGGCAGGGAUGUAGCUCAGUUGAUAGAGCAUGGCGUUUGCAACGCCAGGGUUGUGGGUUCGAUUCCCACGGGGGGCCAGUAUAAAAAAAAAAUGUAUUCACUAACUGUAAGUCGCUCUGGAUAAGAGCGUCUGCUAAAUGACUAAAAUGUAAAUGUAAAUGUAUGCCUAGGUGCUUGUUUAUUACAAUCAAGCGAUCAUGCAGGUAUGAAGUCUAUUUUAAUCUAUAAUUCAACCAGAUUCAUACACCUAAGCAGAAUUCCAAGACAAUCAGCCAGUGAUGCAGAUAUAGUGGGUUCUAAUGGGAAUGAUUUUGCUACAGACUAGUACCUUUCCAGAACAUCAGUGCUGCUUGCUUUGCUAGGAUAUGUUAGCUAACUAAGAGAGUACAGUUUUAAGCAUCUGUGUUUUGUUUGUCUUUGUUGUGUAGAGAAUGACCAGCAGCAGCAGUUCUCCCAGUCUCCUUGACGACAGUGCCAAGAACUUCAGCCACAAUGCUCAUGGUAAGAAGUUAGAACCCAGUACCUACAGAACACUUAAUGUAUCAGAUCAAUGAAACUUAUAACUGUAGAAUUAUAAUUGGAACUACUUCUAACUCUUUGAUUGGAACACCCAUGGAAUCACUGACAGAUCUAUUCCAUGGAACCCUCGCAGUUGGACCAGGUCAGAGUUGUGGGUCGAUGGAAAACUCCCCUUGGACAACACAGUCUUCAUUCCCUCUUCCUCUAUGUCCUCUUCCAGAUCCAGUUAAUUCCCCUAUGUCUUCACUCUUCAGUGACUUUGGUGCUCUGAGCAUAUCACAAAGGAGAAAGGUAAGAACACUACUGCCCUGGUGUGGUUAUCAACCAAGGGGAAUAGUUGGAUUUUGAUGCGUCUAUUGAGUUUUAGGGCCUAAGGUGGAAAAUAGUCCAUCGUGGUUGGGUUGUGUGUUUUCUCUAGCUAACGUCAUCCUGUCUAUGGUGAUUGUUUUAUGCACUCCCCUACGUAUUUAUUUGGACAGUGAAGCUAAAACGUUUAAUUAGGCUCUGUACUCCACCAUUUUGGAUUUGAGAUCAAAUGUUUUAUAUGAGGUGACGUUACAGAAUGUCAAAUUUUUAUUUGAGUGUGUUUUCAUACAUAUGUUGUACCAUUUAGAAAUGAAAGCACUUUAUAGAUCUAGUCCCCCCAUUUGAAGGUGUCAUAGGUAUUUGGACAAAUUCCACUUCUAGUGUAUUACAUUUACUCAAAAGUUUAGUAUUUGUUUCCCAUAUUCCUAGCACACAAUGACUACAUCAAGCUUGUGACUCUAUAAACUUGUUGGAUGCGUUUGCAGUUUGUUUUGGUUGUGUUUCAGAUUAUGUUGUUCCCAAUAGAAAUCAAUGGUAAAUAAUGUAUUGUCAUUUCGAGUCACUUUUAUUGUAAAUAAGAAUAUAAUAGGUUUCUGAGCACUUCUACAUUAAUGUGGAUGCUACCAUGAUUACGGAUAGUCAUGAAUGAAUCGUGAAUAAUGAUGAGUGAGAAAGGCAUAAUAUCAUCCCCCCCAAAAAUACUAACCUCCCCUGUUAUUGGUAAUGGUGAGAGGUUAGUAUGUUUUGGGGGCAUGAUCUUUGUGCAUCUGUAACUUUCUCACUCAUCAUUAUUCAUGGCUAAAUCAAUGCCAUAACCAAUUGCGUUACCGCUAAAAUCAACUUUUGAUCUGUCUUAAAUAUCCCUAGUUGCACUCACUGAAAUUGGCAUAUUGGUAAAUGUUUUUUAAGGACACACUUAAAUUAUUAUCUCUCACACCUCAGCGCAAGCCAGCUGAUGUUAGAACGGUAAAUUGCCGAACCUGGCGUAAGGGCUGGAAAAUGCCAGUGCGCCAGAUUUUACAUGAGGAAAUUGCAAACUAACGUGCGUUUGACUCUUACGCCUCCUUACCGCCAGCUGAAAAUGGAGCCCUAUAAGUGAAUUUGUCCAAAUAAUAGUGACACCUUUAAAUGGAGGGACUAGAUACAUAGUGCUUUUAUUUCUAAACGGUAAAACGGAUGUGUAUGAUAAUACCCUUAAAUAAAAAGUGAGAUUCUGUACUGUCACCCAGGGGCGCAACUUUCACUGGGGAUGGGGGGACGACCCCCCCCCCCCCCCCCCCCUCACAUUCUGAAAUAGCAUACAAAACAGGCAAUGGUGUGCUUUAGGACCAUGCGGACGCCUCCGAGCGGUCAGGUAGGCUGUUUGAAGAAAGAAAAAAAAAAAAAUGUGUCCCCCCCACUUCUAAAACCAAAGUUGCGCACCUGCUGUCAACACAUAGUUGUUUACAUACACUUAGGUUUGAGUCAUUAAAACUCGUUUUUCAGACACUCCACACCUUUCUUGUUAACAAACUAUCGUUUUGGCAAUUUGGUUAGGACAUCUACUUUGUGCAUGACACAAGUAGUUUUUCCAACAAUUGUUUACAGACAGAUUAUUUCACUUAUAAUUCACUGUAUCACAAUUCCAGUGGGUCAGAAGUUUACAUACACGAAGUUGACUGUGCCUUUAAACAGCUUGGAAAAUUCUAGAAAAUGAUGUCAUGGCCUUAGAAGCUUCUGAUAGGCUAAUUGACAUCAUUUGAGUCAAUUGGAGGUGUACCUGUGGAUGUAUUUGAAGGCCUACCUUCAAACUCGGUGCCUCUUUGCAUGACGUCAUGGGAAAAUCAAAAGAAAUCAGCCAAGACCUCAGAAAAAAAUGUGUUGACCUCCACAAGUCUGGUUCAUCCAUGGGAGUAAUUUCCAAACGCCUGAAGGUACCACGUUCAUCUGUACAAACAAUAGUACGCAAGUAUAAACACCAUGGGUCCACGCAGCCGUCAUACCGCUCAGGAAGGAGACGCAUUCUGUCUCCUAGAGAUUAACGUACUUUGGUGCGAAAAGUGCAAAUCAAUCCCAGAACAACAGCAAAGGACCUUGUGAAGAUGCUGGAGGAGACAGGUACAAAAGUAUCUAUAUCCACAGUAAAACGAGUCCUAUAUCGACAUAACCUGAAAGGCCGCUCAGCAAGGAAGAAGCCACUGCUCCAAAACCGCCAUAAAAAAGCCAGACUACGGUUUGCAACUGCACAUGUGGACAAAGAUAGUACUUUUUGGAGAAAUGUCCUCUGGUCUGAUGAAACAAAAAUAGAACUGUUUGGCCAUAAUGACCGUCGUUAUGUUUGGAGGAAAAGGGGGGAAGACUUGCAAGCCGACGAACACCAUCCCAACGUCAAAAGUUGUGGCAAAAUGGCUUAAGGACAACAAAGUCAAGGUAUUGGAGUGGCCAUCACAAUGCCCUUGCCUCAAUCCUAUAGAAAAUGUGUUGGCAGAACUGAAAAAGCGUGUGCGAGCAAGGAGGCCUACAAACCUGACUCAAUUACACCAGCUCUGUCAGGAGGAAUGGGCCAAAAUUCACCCAACUUAUUGUGGGAAGCUUGCGGAAGGCUACCCAAAACAUUUGACCGAAGUUAAACAAUUUAAAGGCAAUGCUAACAAAUACUAAUUGAGUGUGUGUAAACUUCUGACCCACUGGGAAUGUGAUGAAAGAAAUAAAAGCUGAAAUAAAUCAUUCUCUCUACUAUUAUUCGGACAUUUCACAUUCUUAAAAUAAAGUGGUGAUCCUAACUGACCUAAGACAGGGAAUUUUUACAUUUACAUCAUUUAGCAGAUGCUCUUAUCCAGAGCGACUUACAAAUUGGUUCAUUCAACUUAUGAUAGCCAGUAGGACAACCACUUUUAUUUUUUUAUGGGGGGGUAGAAGGAUUACUUUAUACUAUUCCAGGUAUUCCUUAAAGAGGUAGGGUUUCAAGUGUCUCCGGAAGGUGGUCAGUGACUCCGCUGUCGUGGGGGAGGUUGUUCCACCAUUGGGGUGCCAGAGUAGCGAAUAGCUUUGACUGGGCUGAGCGGGAACUGUGCUUCCGCAGAGGUAGGGAGCUAGCAGGCCAGAGGUGGAUGAACGUAGUGCCCUCGUUUGGGUGUAGGGUCUGAUCAGAGCCUGAAGGUAAGGAGGUGCCGUUCCCCUCACAGCUCCGUAGGCAAGCACCAUGGUCUUGUAGUAGAUGCGAGCCUCAACUGGAAGCCAGUGGAGUGUGCGGAGGAGCGGGGUGACAUGAGAGAACUUGGGAAGGUUGAACACCAGACGGGCUGCAGCGUUCUGGAUAAGUUGUAGGGGUUUAAUGGCACAGGCAGGGAGCCCAGCCAACAGCGAGUUGCAGUAAUCCAGACGGGAGAUGACAAGUGCCUGGAUUAGGACCUGUGCCGCUUUCUGUGUAAGGUAGGGUCGUACUCUGCGAAUGUUGUAGAGCAUGAACCUGCAGGAUCGGGUCACCACUUUGAUGUUAGCGGAGAACGACAGGGUGUUGUCCAGGGUCACGCCAAAGUUCUUUGCACUCUGGGAGGAGGACACAAUGGAGUUGUCAACCGUGAUGGCGAGAUCAUGGAGCGGGCAUUCCUUCCCCGGGAGGAAGAGCAGCUCCGUCUUGCCGAGGUUCAGCUUGAGGUGGUGAUCCGACAUCCACACUGAUAUGUCUGCCAGACAUGCAGAGAUGCGAUUCGCCACCUGGUUAUCAGAAGGGGGAAAGGAGAAAAUUAAUUGUGUGUCGUCUGCGUAGCAAUGAUAGGAGAGACCAUGUGAGGAUAUGACAGAGCCAAGUGACAUGGUGUAUAGAGAGAAUAGGAGAGGGCCUAGAACUGAGCCCUGGGGGACACCAGUGGUGAGAGCACGUGGUGCGGAGACAGAUUCUCGCCACGCCACCUGGUAGGAGCGACCUGUCAGGUAGGACGCAAUCCAAGAGUGAGCAGCGCCGGAGAUGCCCAACUCGGAGAGGGUGGAGAGGAGGAUCUGAUGGUUCACAGUCUCAAAGGCAGCGGAUAGGUCUAGAACGAAAAGAGCAGAGGAGAGAGAGUUAGCUUUAGCAGUGCGGAGAGCCUCCGUGACACAGAGAAGAGCAGUCUCAGUUGAAUGACCAGUCUUGAAACCUGACUGGUUUGGAUCAAGAAGGUCAUUCUGAGAGAGAUAGCAGGAGAGUUGGCUAGAGACGGCACGCUCAAGAGUUUUGGAGAGAAAAGAAAGAAAGGAUACUGGUCUGUAGUUGUUGACAUUGGAGGGAUCGAGUGUAGGUUUUUUGAGGAGGGGUGCAACUCUCGCUCUCUUGAAGACGGAAGGGACAUGGCCAGCGGUUGAGUUGAUGAGCGGGGUGAGGUAAGGGAGGAGGAAUCGGCAGGGAGGAGAAGGUGGCAAAGAGCUUCCUAGGGUUCGAGGUAGAGGCUUGAAAUGUAGUGGUAGAAAGUGGCUUUGGCAGCGGAACCGGAGGAAGAGAAUGUAGAGAGGAGGGAGUGAAAAGAUGACAGGUCCGCAGGGAGUCUACUUUUCCUCAAUUUCCGCUCAGCUGCCCGGAGCCCUCUUCUGUGAGCUCGCAAUGAGUCGUCAAGCCACGGAGCAGGAGGGGAGGACCGAGCCCGCCGGGAGGAUAAGGGACAUAGAGAGUCAAAAGAUGCAGAAAGGGAGGAGAGGAGGGUUGAGGAGGCAGAAUCAGGAGAUCGGAGGGAGAAGGAUUUAGCAGAGGGAAGAGAUGAUAGGAUGGAAGAGGAGAGAGUAGCGGGAGAGAGAGAGCGAAGGUUGCGACGGCACAUUACCAUCUGAGUAGGGGCAGAGUGAGUAGUGUUGGAGGAGAGCGAGAGAGAAAAGGAUACAAAGUAGUGGUCGGAGACUUGGAGGGGAGUUGCAGUGAGAUUAGUAGAAGAACAGCAUCUAGUAAAGAUGAGGUCAAGCGUAUUGCCUGCCUUGUGAGUAGGGGGGGACGGUGAGAGGGUGAGGUCAAAAGAGAGAAAUGAGUCAAAGGCAGACGUAGGGAGGUUAAAGUCACCCAGAACUGUGAGGGGUGAGCCAUCCUCAGGAAAGGAACUUAUCAAGGCGUCAAGCUCAUUGAUGAACUCUCCAAGGGAACCUGGAGGGCGAUAAAUGACAAGGAUGUUAAGCUUGAAUGGGCUAGUGACUGACAGCAUGGAAUUCAAAUGAGAUGGGUCAGGGGAAAAAGAGAGAAUGUCCACUUGGGAGUGAUGAUGAUUCCUGUGCCACCGCCGCGCUGACCAGAUGCUCUCGGGGUAAUGGUCAGACGAGGAAAGAGCAGUAGGAGUAGCAGUGUUUUCUGUGGUGAUCCAUGUUUCCGUCAGCGCCAAGAAGUCGAGGGACUGGAGGGUAGCAUAGGCUGAGAUGAACUCUGCCUUGUUGGCCGCAGAACGGCAGUUCCAGAGGCUCCCAGAGACCUGGAACUCCACGUGGGUCGUGCGCACAGGGACCACCAGAUUAGAGUGGCAACAGCCACGUGGUGUGAAGCGUUUGUAUGGAUUGUGCAGAGAGGAGAGAACAGGGAUUUUACUAUGAUUAAAUGUCAGGAAUUGUGAAAAACUGAGUUUAAAUGUAUUUGGUUAAGGUGUAUGUAAACUUCUGACUUCAACUGUAUAAAACAUUUGAUCUCAAAUCCAAAAUGCUGGAGUAUAGAGCAAAAUUAAGUUUUAGCUUCACUGUCCAAAUAAAUACAUAGAGAUGUGUAUGUUUUACAGUAUGUGAUGAAGCCAAAGCCACUUACAAGGAAACAAACGUCAUACAAAUACAAUGUCUGAUGAAGCAGAACAAUUUAAUCUAAUCCUAAUAUUAUGCAUCUCUCGCGCUCCCUCUCUUUCGCUCACUCUCGCUCUCCCAGGCUCCUAACCCUACAGCCAAUGAGUUCAUCCCUAAGGGGGCUCCCCGCAUGGCCACUGUGGUCCAGUCCAGUGGUCCAGCCUUCCCCUCGCCCCUCUUCCCCCACCCCAGCCUCAGCAGCUCCACCGCUGCCGCCCUCGCACCCGGUGAGCCACCCACUAUACAAAAAACGCUAAAUUCUCUGACUUAACCCACCAACCAAGGGGUUUUAUUGCUUUUAACCUUGCUCUCUUCGUGAAUAUGUCAGGUUGAGUGAGUUUUCAGUGUAGAUUUUCUCUGAUGUUACGUCCCAUUGUUCUCCUGGCAACCAGAUGAAUGGACUCCAUACAACGGAGAGAUGCUCUAGAAAAAAACAGCAGACAAUGUAUUAUUCAAGUAAAUCCCCAACAUAAUGAAUUCCACCUUUAGUCAGUCAGCAGUUAGUCAGAACAAUGUAUGGAACCACUCCAAAGAACUCUGUACCUCUGUUUAACCCAUGUCCUCUCUGGUGUCCCCCCACAGGGAUGUCUCUUUCUGCAGGGUCCUCCCCCCUCCACUCCCCCAAAAUCACCCCCCACACCUCCCCCGCCCCUCGCCGGCGCAGCCACACCCCCAACCCCAACCCAGCCAACUACAUGGUGCCCACCAGUGCGUCUGACCAGGGGGCCCACAUCAUCCAGAAGGAGACGGUGGGGGGGACCACCUACUUCUACACCGACAACACCCCCGCUCCCAUGGCCGGGAUGGUACAUUCCAUUUAGUCUGCCCUUACUGACGGAAUGAAAAUAAAUUCCUCAUUAUCAUCGGUCAACUGUCAGUUAUGAUUUCUCCAUAAAUAGGAAUUGUAGUCGUUGAAUGUGUGUGGUUUCUGUGCAGGUGUUUCCUACCUACCACAUCUACCCCCCCACCGCUCCCCACGUUGCCUACAUGCAGCCCAAAGCCAACGCCCCGUCCUUCUUCAUGGCUGAUGAACUCCGACAGGUACCCCCCCGUCUCUUAUUUGUCAGUAUCCCCCUCUCUCUUCAUCCUCCUGGUUCUUCCUGUCUGAAACCCCAACUUUCUGUUUCCCUUUCUCUCUUUUUUUGCCCUGUCUCCAUAUUUCCUCUAUUUCUCUCUCAUCUCCCUGCCUCUGUUCUGUUUGUCUGGCUCUGUUCUCAUCCUCCAAUCAAACUGUGAUGUCACAGUGUUGAUCUCUGAUGUCAUUUCCUGUGGUUCCCUCUAGGAGCUGAUUAACAGACAUUUGAUCACCAUGGCUCAGAUCGACCAGUCAGAGAACACCGGUAAAGCAUUCCUUCCCUUAUUGGCUGAACAGAGGUAGUGGAGGGGAUGUUAUUGGAGUUGUGGUCAUUGUUUUGACGGUUGAUGUGUUCUGACGGUUUGGUCGUGUAGCCUCUGUUGCGGUUUCCCUGCAGGCUGAAAGUGAGACUCGCACCUGAGUCGUGUCUCAGUCUGUAGGAUUCCUGACGACAGUUUACACACACACACACGAAUAGUCACACUGGUUGGUUUGUAGAACAUUGUCAAGUUGUUCAACUAUCAAAACUUGUAACUUAAGAUAAGUGCCAACAGGGAUGCUGGCCCACAGUUGUGUCAAGUUUGCUGGAUGUUCUUUGGGUGGUGGACCAUUCUUGAUACACACAGGAAACUGUUGAGUGUGAAAAACCCAGCAGCGUUGCAGUUCUUGACACACUCAAACCUGUGUGCCUGGCACCAUACCCCAUUCAAAGGCACUUAAAUAGUUUGUCUUGCCCAUUCACCCUCUGAAUGGCACACAUACAUAAUCCAUGUCUCAAUUGUUCUCAAGGUUUAAAAAUCCUUCUUUAACCUGUCUCCUCCCCUUCAUCUACUCUGAUUGAAGUGGAUUUAACAAGUUAUAUCAAUAAGGGCGUCAUAGAUUUCACCUGGUCAGUCCGUCAUGGAAAGAGCAGGUGUUCCUAAUGUUUUGUCCACUCAGUGUACGCGUGUGUUCUCAUGACGUGUAUCCCUGUCCCAUCUGUCCCAGGUGUUCCAUCUGAGGUGGACAGCUACCACAGCCUGUUUCCCCUGGAGCCUGUCCCCCCUCCCAACCGCCUGCAGAAGACCAGCAACUUCAGCUACAUCACUUCCUGCUACAAGGCCGUCAACAGCAAGGACGACCUGCCAUACUGCCUGAGGAGGAUACAUGGUGAGACCACACACACACUUUAGCCUUCAUGUCCUUGGGGUUUUAAAUAAUCUUAUUUGCUAUCGGAUCUUUUCUUUGAGCCUUCUUUGAAAAUAUAAGGAAUCUUGAGUGGUCAUGUUCUCUGAAUGUCUUUGCUGUGUGUGUGUCCAGGUUUCAGGUUGGUGAACACCAAGUGUAUGAUGCUGGUGGAUAUGUGGAAGAAGAUCCAGCACUCCAACUCUGUUACCCUGAGGGAGGUCUUCACCACCAAGGCCUUUGGAGACCACUGUGAGUCGUGUGUGUUUGUGAGUGGCAGGGGGUCUCUAAGUGUGUCCCCAUGUUGUAUGUUUGUGUAUACAUGUGUAAUUGUUUCCAUUGGUUUUUGUGUGAGUGUGUGUUUGAUUCAUAACCCCCAUGAUAACCUCCUGUUUCUCUCUCAGCGUUGGUGUUUUCCUAUGAUUUCCAUGCGGGGGCAGAGACCAUGUUUAGCAGGCACUUCAACGACCCCACGGCCGACUCCUACUUCACCAAGAGGAAGUGGGGUGAGUCUUCCCUCCACCAACACUCCUACCUUCACCGUCUCUCUCCCAUACCUGACCCCAACACUGCUCCCCCUCACCUCUCCCAUACUGACCUCUCCCAGACUGACCCAACACGCUCCCCCCCCUCCCCCCCCCCCCCCCUCAACUCUCCCAUACUGACCCCACCCGCUCCCCCCUCACCUCUUCCAUACUGACCCCACACGCUUCCCCCCCUCAACUCUCCCAUACUGACCACCACUCUCUCCCUCCCCCUCCUUACCUCUCCCAUACUGACCCCAACACUCCCCUCCCCCUCCUUCACCUCUCCAUACUGACCCAACACUCUCCCUUCACCUCUCCCAUCACUCGACCCCCAACACUCUCCCCUCCCCCUCCUUCACCUCUGCCAUACUGACCCCAACCCCUUCCAACCCCCAAUGACCACCUCUCCCCUCCCCCUCCUUCAACCUCUCCCAACGGACCCCCAAACAUCUCCCUCCCCCUCCUUCACCUCUCCCAUACUGACCCCAACACCUCCCUCCCCCUCCUUCACCUCUCCCAUACUGACCCCGAACCCUCCUACCCCCCUCCUUCACCACUCUCCAUACUGACCCCACACUCUCCUCUCCCUCCCCCUCCUCACAUCUCCCAUACGAUCCCAACACUCUCCCUCCCCCCCUCCUUUCACCUCUCCCAUACUGACCCCAACACUCUCCCCUCCUUCACACCUCUCCAUACUGACCCCAACACUCUCCCUCCUGCCCCCCCCUCACCUCUCCUCUCCCAUACUGACCCCAACACGCUCCCCCCCUCACCGGCCUCUCCCAUACUGACCCCAACACUCUCCCUUCACUCUCCCAUACUGACCCCAACACUCUCCCUCCCCUCCUUCACCUCUCCCAUACUGACCCAACACUCUCCCUCCCCCUCCUUCACCUCUCCCAUACUGACCCCAACACUCUCCCUCCCCCUCCUUCACCUCUCCCAUACUGACCCCAACACUCUCCCUCCCCCUCCUUCACCUCUCCCAUACUGAUCCCAACACUCUCCCUCCCCCUCCUUCACCUCUCCCAUACUGACCCCAACACUCUCCCUCCCCCUCCUUCACCUCUCCCAUACUGACCCCAACACCUCCCUCCCCCUCCUUCACCUCUCCCAUACUGACCCCAACACUCUCCCUCCCCCUCCUUCACCUCUCCCAUACUGACCCCAACACUCUCCCUCCCCCUCCUUCACCUCUCCCAUACUGACCCCAACACUCUCCCUCCCCUCCUUCACCUCUCCCAUACUGAUCCCAACACUCUCCCUCCCCCUCCUUCACCUCUCCCAUACUGACCCCAACACUCUCCCUCCCCCUCCUUCACCUCUCCCAUACUGACCCCAACACUCUCCCUCCCCCUCCUUCACCUCUCCCAUACUGACCCCAACACACUCCCACACAUCCCCCUUUCAUGACCCCCCUUGGUCCUCACACCUUUGUCCCUCUCUGCUUCUCAUGUUUUGAAACUUGACUUGUUCCUAACAGAUUUUCUGUAUGUGCAGGAGUGAAUGUCUUGUGUAGUGGUUUAUUUUGAAAGUAUGGAUGUGUCUGUCUGUGUGAGGGGCUGUGUGUAUACAACUAGUGGUGUAUCUGUCUGUGUAUACAACUAGUGGUGUAUCUGUCUGUGUAUACAACUAGUGGUGUAUCUGUCUGUGUAUACAACUAGUGGUGUAUCUGUCUGUGUAUACAACUAGUGGUGUAUCUGUCUGUGUAUACAACUAGUGGUGUGUCUGUCUGUGUAUACAACUAGUGGUGUAUCUGUCUGUGUAUACAACUAGUGGUGUAUCUGUCUGUGUAAUACAACUAGUGGGUGUAUCUGUACGGUGUAAUACAACUAGUGGUGUAUCUGUCUGUGUAUAUCAACUAGUGGUGUAUCUGUCGUGUUAUACAACUAGUGGUGUAUCUGUCCUGUGUAUACAACUAGUGGUGUAUCUUGAUCUGCUCGAUACAACAAACUUAGUGGUGUAUCUGCCUGUGUAUACAACUAGUUGGUGUAUCUGUCUGUGUAGACAACUAGUGGUGUAUCUGUCUGUGUAUACAACUAGUGGUGUAUCUGUCUGUGUAUAGCAAACCUAGUGUGUGUCGUCUGUUUAACAACUAGUGGUGUGGUCCUGUGUAUACAACUAGUGGUAUGUACUGUCCUGUGUAUAACAAACUAGUGGUGUAAUCUGUCUGUGUAUACAACUAGUGGUGUAUCUGUCUGUGUGAGGUGCCCAGUGCUAACGGUUUCUGUGUGAGUGUGGAGAGGGGUGUAAGGGGGGUAGGUGGAUGUGUGUGGUGCCAGCACUGACAGUUGCUGGUCUGUGUGAUAGUAGGAGUGUGUGUGGUUGCUGGUGUGUUCAGGCUGUAGUCUGGAAGGAAGCUGUGGCUGAAACUGAUCCUGAGACAGGUUCUAUAGAUACUAGGUAGACCCAACUACCUGCUAUAGCAGGAAUACAGCCAGAGGAAGCAGAGCCUCUCAGCCUCUCUGACAUCAAUGCAACAAGUGUUCUACUGUAAUUACUACUCUAUAUCCUACUAACACCUCUCUCAACUGUUCAUCAAGUGUGUGUAUGUGCGUGACUGUGUCUUGACAUUUGCUAGAAAGUUGAGCCUCAAUGUGUUUCAUCUGUGUUUCUAAUCGUGUGUGUGUCCCGUGCCCCUCUGUAGGGCAGCACGAGCCCCCUCCACCCCGGCAGCAUGCAGGUCUGCUUCCUGAGUCUCUGAUCUGGGCCUACAUCGUCCAGCUGAGCUCAGCCCUCAGAACCAUUCACACUGCUGGCCUGGCCUGUAGGGUCAUGGACCCUAGCAAGAUCCUCAUCACCGGCAAGACCAGGUACACACACACACACACCUUGCAGGCACACACAAUGGUGACCAAGGUUACGGAUCCCAGCUAGAUCCAUGUUCUCUGAUACCAGGUAGACACAAAGAUUUUGAAUGUGCAUUACUUGAUUGUGGGCAAGCUACCUAAAGUUCCCUGCAAGGGAACUGUGUAUAGACCAUUGUCUGCAGCCCUCUGAUGUUUAUCUGGUGGCUUAUUUCCUGUACAGGACCGUGAAAGCAGAAGCUCUGUAUUAGUCUUGGCUUCCUUUUUUCAGACUGAAGAAUGGGGAGAACCACACACACACACACACAAACAUGCUUACAUUUUACACAGUACACACACACAGCUCACCAUGCCAUUUCUCCCUGCAGGUUACGGGUGAACUGUGUAGGGGUGUUUGAUGUCUUAACGUUUGACAACAGUCAGACUAACCAUGUGGCCCUCAUGCCACAGUACCAGGUACAGUAAACCCCCUGUCUGUCAGUCUGGCAGAACAUAGCCUAGUUCAGAUUCAAAUGGACACAUGGUUCUGUUCUUUACCCUGUUCUCCUGUGUGUUGUGUGUGUGUGUGUGUAUGAUGGGGUUUAAUAUUUUCCCCAAAAUCUAGCAAUUUUCCUUCCUGUUAUUCCCAUUCAAACCGGAAAUGCAAUUUAAAAGCAUAUAAUACUGUCUAUUUCCUCAAGCACUUUUGGUGGCCACACUGUUUCAAACCAUUUUGUGAGUAGCCACGGUUUAUAUUUUGAGUGUCUACCAGUGUCACACAGCUAGUUUGGAGAUUUGAAUGUGAUGAGAUUGGACAUUGUCUACACUAACUGCGUCGAGAGGUUGCGUGUAGCCUACACAUGAUAGUAAGCAAUUCAGUGUAUAGAAGCCAUGCAGGUGAGUGACGAUUUCUAUUGAGGACUUCAUGUUGAGUGAAUAUGGUAGUAAUGACUGGUGUAAUGUAGGGUCGGGAUGAUACCAGUAUUCUUUCCAUGGCACAAAAAUGUAAACACGAAGCAGACCUAACUCUUUAGUCCUUUAAAAACCUGCUGUAUGUAAAAUAUUGUGCGCUAUAACUUGGAAAAUAAGUACAUUUUUCCUAAAGAAGUUAAAUCCACUUCGUGUUUUGUUUCCUUGCCACGAUACUAACUCGUAUCUCAGUACUGGUAUCGUCCCGGACCUAGUUUCAUGUAUGAAUGAAGCCAGAGAGUUGAUAUGUCACAUAUUUGUAUGUUUACAUUGGUGUUACAUAGAAGUUGUAUAUUAUUGAUACACAGUACCCGUCUUUUUUUUUUACUGGAAGGAGCUUGGUUGGGAAAUCUCGGGAUACCGGAUCCAGUUUUAAAUCCUAGUGUGUGUCUGUUAUACUUGGCUUUGUGUGAUGUGACUUGUUGACCUGAUUUACUUUGGUUGAGUUGAGUUGGCCCCUGGCUGUAGUGUGUUUGUUCUGUUGUUAACCCUGUUCUUGUGUGUGUGGGUGCAGCAAGCGGACCUGAUCUCCCUGGGCAAGGUGGUGUUGGCCCUGGCCUGUAACUCUCUGGCUGGAAUUCAGAGAGAGAACCUGCAGAAGGCCAUGGAGCUGGUGUCAAUCAACUACUCAUCAGACCUCAAGAACCUCAUCCUGUAAGACAACCACAGACACAGAGAGAACCUGCACAAGGCUAUGGAGCUGGUGUCAAUCAACUGCAUCUGCAACUGCUCACUCACAUAUAGUGUCACAUGUCCAACUCUAGUCCUCAAGGGCCGAGGAUUUUCACUCCUCCUUUGUACUUGAUUGAUGAAUUAAGGUCACUAAUGAGUAAGGGACUCCCCUCACCUGGUUGUUUGGUCUUAAUUGGACACUAAUUGAAAGAAAAUAACAAAAGCAGCCGACAUGGCCCUCCAGGAAUUGAGUUUGACACUCCUGUGUUGUGUUAGUUUGGACUGACAGAAGUACACCCUCUGACUGACACGUAACGUACUCUGUGCCUGUGUUGUAGGUAUCUACUGACAGAGCAGUCAAGGCUGCGAAGCGUCAAUGACAUCAUGCCCAUGAUCGGAGCUCGCUUCUACACACAGCUGGACGCAUCACAGAUGAGGAAUGAUGUAAUCGAGGAGGACCUUGCCAAGGUACACACACACUGUUGGGUCAUGGAGUUCAACAGUAGCUAGGUUUCCAUCCAAUUGGCGACAGAUUUUCAUGUGAAUAUUCUCAAAUCUGCAUAACAACUAUAUGUACAUUUUCCCACCAGAGAUGUUUCCAUCAAAUUGACUUGUUGCAGACAAAAGGCUGUUCAUAAUGACGUAGUUCAAAUAACUUUUGCGGUUAAGUACCGAAUAAAAACAUUCAAGUUAAAUGGGUUUCCUAUCGCAUUUUCAACUCUACUGAUGGUUUUGUCAUAAAAAUGUUGCGUUAUAUAGCGAAUGUUCCCACUCUGGUCUUGGCAUGUGUGCUGUAGCCAACAGCUUGCCGAUACAGUGAGGGUAGGCUACCUACAUGAUAAGAUUGUUAUGGACAAAAGAGCAAGAUUAUCUUUAUUCCGUGAAACGGCAGCCAAGCAUCGAUCAUCAUGCCACCAGAAUAGGACCCUCGAUAUUUAUUGGAAAGGAGCAUCAAGCUUUCCCCACCCUGUGAAGUUCAUUAGAACUUAAUCUCUAGCCUAAUAAACUGCAUGGUUUUCUGAGUCGUAGUGGGAGGACCACACACCAUAUCAUCGCGUAACUCCAAAUUUACUUUGAUAUGAUGGUUAGUUAUUAUAUCAAUAUUAGCGCAUAAAGGCAUUUCCACCGUCAUUUAUCACAUAGUUAAUUUGACUGACAGAGAUCCCACCUUGUCAUGCGUAUUUAGUUUUGUUUCCAUCAGGCCUGUCGUGACAUUUUUUAUCUGACAUGUACUUUACUCCCAUAAAAAGGUAGGAUGGAAAGCUGGUUAGUGUGUGUGUUUGAUGCCACCUCUGCUCUGUAGAAGGGGUGGUGAAGGGAAGAGACGCAAGGUGGCGAGGGUGAGGAAGGAGAGGUGUGAAGAUACAGGAUGUUCUAUGUGGGCUGUGUUCCCUCUGUCCCCGCUCUACAGCUUCUGCUUUCCUCUUCUGUCCUGGCCGCAGGCGUGAAACCACUGGCCUCUCACUGCCCUGUGUAUGUGUGAGAGUCAUGUUACUCCCUUGGUGUGCGUUUCUGUUCAGAUGGGUUUCUGGUUGUAUUUUUAUCCACAAUGCCCUUCAUGCUUAUACACGUACUUCUCCUUCCUCGCUCACAUACGACAAAGAUAAGCACCACUGUGCCGAAUUGGGUCACAGACAGCAGGGACGUGUGUUAUCAAGCAGGCGUUGAUGAGUGAGUGUGAGUGUGUGUGUGUGUGUUCGUGUUCGUACUCUCUGUGGGUUUGGUUUGAUGGUGACUUAUUUAAAGGGACAAACUGCAGUUCAAUCUAAAAAAGUGGGCACCCCACCACUGAUAAAUAGUUGAAGGAUAGGAACCACUCUCAAAUCCAUAGACAGAGCUAUGGAUGUAAGGACUGACCAUCCAUGAGAUCAAAAUGAUAAUAAUAUAUGCCAUUUAGCAGACGCUUUUAACCAAAGGGACUUAGUCAUGUGUACAUACAUUUUACAUGUGGGUGGUCCUGGGAAUCAAACCCACCCCUGGCGUUACAAGCGCCAUGCUCUACCAACUGGAUAUUAGGAAUGUUUUGUACUCUGUGUAACUAAUACUACCACCUACAGUUCACCAAUAUAGACAAACACCUCGUCCAGUUUAAAAUAUUACAUCAAUGGUUCAUUUUACUCAUUGUGUUGUGUUGAUGUAUGGUAUAUAACUGAUCAAGUUGUUUUAUCUCUGUCGUAGGAGGUCCAGAAUGGUCGUCUCUUCCGUCUGUUGGCCAAACUGGGCACCAUCAACGAGAGGCCAGAGUAAGUACUGUAUCACUCUGUUUGGAGUGAAUGUUUAACAUUGACCAAUUGACACUCCCUUCCUUUUACACUUCUACAGGCUCUCUUCACUUGUAGGUGUCUAACUUUCUCUCUCUCUCUGUCUGUCUGUCUUUGUGUGGUCAGGUUUCAGAAGGACCGUACGUGGUCUGAGACAGGAGACCGCUACCUGCUGAAGCUGUUCAGAGACCACCUGUUCCACCAGGUGACGGAGGCUGGGACCCCCUGGAUAGACCUCAGCCACAUUGUCUCCUGCCUCAACAAAGUACGCCGCCUCCUCGUCCUCCUGCCUCCUCCUGCCUGUCUCUUUCUGUAUUUCUCUAUCUUUCUGCCUCUCUCUUCUCUGGGUCGUUCUCACCCUUCUGUCUUUUUUUUUUACUCACUGCCCCCUCUCCUCUCCACUCACUCUCCACUCACUCUCCACUCACUCCUCACUCACUCUCCUCUCCUCACUCACUCACCUCUCCUCACUCUCCUCUCCUCUCACCCUCCUCUUUCUGUGUGAGCCACUUGUCUUCCAAUAUAUCUCUCUCUUUCUGCGUAUUACUGUCUUGGUGCUCAGCUGGACUACCAGUCUAGCAGUACUUACCUCUCUCUCCCGUCUCUCUGUGUAGCUGGACGCGGGCGUGCCUGAGAAGAUAAACUUGGUGUCUCGUGAUGAGAAGAGUGUUCUGGUGGUGACCUACUCGGACCUGAAGCGCUGCUUCGACAGUACCUUCCAGGAGCUGCAGCAGGCCGCUGCCACCCCCCCCCUGUAG